AUGGCGACCUCACCCCCCGAUGCCCCGAGUCGCAGCGCAGCCUCGUCUGCCUACGCCAGCCGAGACUCUUCCUCGCAUACCCGAGACCGCCAUGACGCAUCCCAAGCGGCGUCCAUUCCAGUCGAGACUCUCGUGGAACACCUACUCGCCGCCAAGCGCUCACUUUCUUCCAUGCAACAUGUGCUGCGUGCCAAUGACCUAGCCACUGAUGCACGCCGGUCCCAUGAGGAAGCAGCCAUUCUGUGUGCACAGAACCGCUUUCUACAGAGGGCCAUCGCGAACCAGACGAACCUGUUGUUGCGCGUCCGCCGCAGCCUCAAACGGACCUACGAUGCCGGAAAGCGCGACUUCACCAACCUCGUUCGUACCAUGGAUGCUACCAAUGAGAAGCUGCAGGAGACCAUGAGGAUGCUGAGAAACACGCCUGUUGAGGCUGACUUUCGUCCGCCUGGCGAGGAAUCUCGAAACCUGAUGGACUUUGUGGAUGAGCAAAGCGUUCAUGGCAUGGUCGACGCACUGAAGAAGUGCCUUGGAGAGCUGCAGCUAACUUCAUCCGAACAACAGGCUAUUCAGACAUCCUACGAUGGCGACCUGCUGCGUUUCGACAACGACCUCCGCGCCCUGAAGAAAUCCAUGGGCGUUUCCCUAGCGCCUCUGAGUGCAUCCCCUUCUGCGUCGACAGCCUAUGAACCGAUACCGGAGCUCCUCCUGUCGCUCGUCGAACACUCCCACGGCAUGGCACAAAUCCUGACGUCGCUAACACAACAUUUUGACCUGUGCGUGACGGCUGUGCGAACGACUGAGGGUGGAGCCGACCUCGCCAGGCGACGCGCAGCCGAAGUUACGCAAUCGCAAGGCGGCGAUGUAGUUUCAAUCUCUGGCGUGAUUGCAGACCAGGAGUCGCACAUGUCAGGCCUAGAACCCACAACGGUUGAAGAGCGCGCAGACAUGAUCAAUGUAGUUGUCGAUGACGCAGCGCAGGUCGAGACGGCAGUGCAGGAGAUCAACGAUGGACUUCGUGCCGUCAUGAGUGAUUCAACGGCUUUGACACAGCAGACGGAGCAUAUCAAAUCGUCCUACGUAGCCACGGCGACCGCGUUGCGGGCGUUGGAGGAGAUCGGCGGACGGCUCGCAGGCUAUCUUGCAGCGGAGGCAGAAUUUUUGCAGCGAUGGGAGGAUGAGCGAUACACCAUUUAUGGCAAGCUCAGCGAGAUGGAUGAUUUGCGAGAAUUCUAUGAGCGAUACGCUGGGGCGUACGAUAACCUUCUCCUCGAGGUCGAACGACGACGAAUGGUGGAGGACAAGAUCCAGAGCAUCUGGCGCAAGGCUCGAGAAAACGUCGACAAGCUUGUAGAGAGUGAUCGGCAGCACAGGGAAGGGUUUCGCCAUGAUGUGGGCGAAUUCAUACCGACAGACUUGUGGCCAGGGAUGGAUAGGAGCAUGAUUCGAUGGGAGCUCGUCCCGUCAAGGACGGAGGACGCGGUUGACGGUGACAAACACUCCGGCACACCAGUGCUUGAUCAGCAGAUCGUCGAUGCUGCACGGGAAAGGGUGGAGCGAAGUCAGCCAUAG